AAAAAAAAUCUUUAAUUCUGAAAAAAGUAUAAAUUAAUAUGUGCAGUUUUGUGGUUUAUGUAAAUUUUAAGGAUUUAUUAAAUUUUAUGUUUGUUUCGCAAGUAUUACACGUCAAUACUCUAAAUUAAUUAUCCUAUGCAAGUUGAAUUAUGAUCUAUCUGCCAAGAAGAAAACUGGAAAAGAAGGAUGCUUCCUGGGUGUUCACAAAAUGAAACACAAAAGAAUGAAGAGGAUUGGGAACUUGCCCGGCGGGGGAUAUGUCUUACUCUCAAUAACAGAAAUGAAGAAGCUGAGGCAUUAUUUGAAAAUAAAGGAGAAUCUGUUCAGCUAGCAAUCGGUCAUGCUUAUGUAGCAUUCAUGAAUGCCCUGAUGACAUGUGAAGAGAACAGUUUAGAAAAAGCAACUGGGAUCUUAAAAGAUGUGGAGUCAAGAUGUGCUCAAAAUCUGGGGUGGCUGAGGACUAUGAAGAACAAAGUCUUCGGAAGAAAUGAUCUCAGUACUUAUGAAAGCCUGGAGCAACAGAUAGCAUUGGCCGAUUGCCAAGUUUGUACGGCUUUCUUAUCUUUGAUGACUCAAGAUUCGACUGCUGGAUGGGUAAAAGGAGGUUGGGCGUUGAGAAAGGCAUGGGGUUUGUACCACAGCACGUAUAAUUAUUUGGCUGGAGAAUAUAAGAGGGUAUUCGGGCUAAAUGUUGAAUUGCCUGGUUCCGAUACAAUACCAUGGAGAAUAUUAUCACAGAAGGGUAACGCAAAUACAGCUACAACAUCCCUUUCUCCUAAUGGUUCAUGGUCGAUUCCAAGCACUCCAUCUGCUGAGACGCCUACCAAUGGAUACAAAAGACAUUGGACGAGGGUAUUUUCUACUCUUCAGUCACCGCAAUUGUGCGGUGAAGAAAUCAGAAGGUUGAUGUCAGCUGCUUGUUUUGGUUAUGGCCUCUUUCACCUGUGUAUAUCCAUGCUUCCCUCGACAUUAUUGCGUCUGAUACAAAUUCUUGGGUUUUCUGGAGAUCGUAUGAUUGGCUUAGAUGCUCUUAUGUUUGCAAGACAUGGACCUGAUAUGAGAGCACCUCUAGCUACUUUAGCUUUGCUGUGGUAUCAUACUAUAAUGAAACCACUCCUUGCUGUAGAUGCAAGAAUGAUAACAGCUAGUAUUACUGCUGCUGAAACCCUUCUUGAAGAAUCUAAAAGUGACUUUAGUCAGUCAGGUUUAUUUUUAUUUUUCCAUGGAAGAACUUGCCGUUUAAAGAACAAAAUAGAAGAAGGGAUUAACGCGUAUGAGUUAGCUAUGCAGAAGUGUGGGCAGCGCGAAUUGGGCUUACUCUGCCUACAUGAGAUGGCGUGGUGUUACCUGAUUCAGCUAAACUUUGGAAAAUCUCAUGCCAUAUUCAGUGAACUUCUUGAAAAAUCCCAAUGGAGCAAAGUUUUUUAUACUUAUCUCACAGCAGUUUGCAGUGGUUGUCUUGGAAACAAGGCUUCUUUGGAUCUCUUAGCGACAUCACUGUUACGACUGUCUGGGAGCCUGUCUCAUCUUGAUACGAUGAUAUCUCGGAGGUCGAAAUUAUUACUUCCUUUCAAACCUUCGUUCUAUUACAGGCUCCUUGCUUACGAAAUGAUCUACCUCUGGAACAGUUUGUCUUCUCAGGAAGAAUUGAAAUCUAUUCUUUUAGAUUGUGAAUCGAAUCAACUAGCAGAAGAGCCUAUGACCGGUCUGCUUGCUCUAAUUAGAGGUGUUUGCUACAUGAGGCUCGGGCAACUCGAUAAUGCAAAGGAAUGCCUUGACAGCGGCGUCAGGCUUCGGGAAGAAUGCCCAACUAAAGGAUCAGAUGCUCAUAUUUCAGCGUUUUCUCUUUAUGAGUUGGCUCUGGUCUAUAUUACUUCCAAAGAGGAUAUAAAUGAAGGAAUACGACUUUUAGAAACUGCUCAGACACAGUAUAGCUCGUAUGACUUCGAAAGUAGGUUGUCGCUUCGGAUUCAUUCCGCUUUGAGGGAACAUAAGGGUCCUCAAAAUUUCUCAAUUUGGGACUGUGCAGCAUCAUUAGCAAGGUAUAUUGGUCAAAGUUUUAAUAUGCACCACAUGUGCCUUCAUUAUUAUAAUAAUAAUGUAACAAAAAAUAAAAUAAAAACAUUAGCCUACAAAUUCCAAGCUCUGUUAUUUAAAAAAAGUUUACUUAUUAAUCUAGUGUUUCGAAAAUAUAAAAAGAAGCAAGAAAGUAGUAAUUAUUUUUCUAUCGAAUAUUUCGCACUGUCCCGAUAUAAAUUCAUUUAUGUUAUAUAUUUCUUUUAUUCCUUUUAAUAUCAGUUUUUUUAAGACUUAAAAUUAAUGAAACAUAUGCAGAGAAUCUCCUACUGCAAUGGGUUAAAUUUAUUAUUAUAAUCCCUAACAGAAAGGAAAACAUAAUUUAUAACUUCUUAGAACAAAUUUUGUUUGCAUAAGAUAACAGUUUACUUUUUUAUCUACCCACCUUUAGUUUAAUUCAUGAGUAAUUUUUUAACUUGUCUGUUUUGUUUUUUAUAUCAUUUUGUCGAAGACAAAAAUUAUAUAUAUACAUUGUAUGUGAUAUACAUUUCAAUGCCAGUACAUUCUCUCUAACACAUUUUGAUUAAUAUAAAGAAUAUAUUAUUAUCCAAAAAGUGUUGAUUCACACUAUUGAUAAAAUUCUAUACUUUAUAAUGAUGUUUACUUAAUAAGUUAUUAGUUUGUUCUAUAGUGAAAUAUUUCUUUAGUUGAGCAGUAGUAUUCAGCUACACCUGAACUAAUACUAACCUUUAUUGUACUCAUUAAGACCUCGUUGGAGAGCAGGAUUUGUAGUUUAUUCACCCAUUAAGAGUGGAAUAAGAAAUUCAUCACUGUUAUGGUGAUGUUAAC